AUGGCACCAGUCACUCGCGCAGGGCGGAUGAUGCAACAAGCAGGAGAGAUUAGUCCGCCGACUGCAGCGAGCAUCGUCACAAGAUCAACAUCCACAAGGCACCGUAUGGCCUCCAGAGCCAGCUCCGAGACUUCGAAGACCACCAGAAACGCCCAGCAACCCCGUGCCACCUCACCAACACAACUCGUCACUCUCCCGCCCGAAAUCUUCGAGCGCAUUGCAGAGGAGUGCAACGACGCAUCAGUGAAAGCUCCUCGUCUCACAUCCCACGAAUCCGCAAGCAAAGUCUUGCGGACAUACGUCUCCACCUUCUUCCAAGACCUCGUCGUGCUACCAUGUCUCGAGGAGAGUCUGCAGAACAUCUCGAAGAUUCUCAGACAUCCCACGUUCGGCAAGGUAGUGCGCUCACUGAGUGUUUGCCCUAAGGUCAUGGAGUCCAGCAGCAAGCAAGAUCUGCAUCGUAUCAGGCAGAGGGCGGACAAGAUGCGAGAGUCUGAGAAGGACUUCACUAUGCUUCGAGAGUUCUUUGAGCAGUUGAUGCUGCAGGGGAGAUCAAUCGAGGUGGUUAUCACGACAGUCGACGAUGCCGUUCGCAAGCCAAGCGCACACAGUCUACUUCUCAGCCAAGAUGGAAUGCUCACACUCUGCCACUACCGCCACCACAUCGCGAGCAUAACAACCGACGCCAUCAUCCGGAGUCGUGUCAAGAUUCAGCACUUCUCUAUGCAGGGCGAGUAUGGCAUAGGCGCCACGGACUUCACCCACGACCCGCGCCGCGGAAUCCUGGAGACUCUGUGCAUGAGACUAUCAUCUCUUGAGCUCGUCGUCUGGUGCAAUUACCGCUUGUGGGGAGACUCAGGUGGAGAGUUCGGCAAGGUCAUCGCAUGUGGGUCUCAGUUUCAACACCUCAGCCUCGAUGUCCAUUGGGACGGCGAGGGAAGUACGAGCAUUUAUGGGAUGGGCUCUGGAAGGAGUCUCAACUCCGCAACGAUUGCACGAGGAGUCCUCUCCGGUGCCUUUCCGGCGCUUGAGAGCUUAAAGAUCACUGGUGCUGAAAUUUCUUGCAACAACCUUCUGCAUUUUGCUAGUCAACACAAGCGGCUCAGCCUCACUAGUCUUACCCUGGUCAAUUGCAGCAUAUUCGGGGCGGAGGAUUUACACUUGCAAGAGGACUGUAGCGCUGCAGUGGAGGAUGCAUUAAGACGCCUGACAGGCCUGGAAGGGGUACAAGUCACUGCGGGCAACCGGAUACUCUUGUACUUCGCAGCUCAGCAGUGA